CACCAUCAAAUUAGCCUGAGGUCCGUUUUUAAAGUCGAGUGAUGAAAAUUUACCAUUUUCAGAGUUCACCACACUUUGAAAUGUUUCAGUUACAGCAUUGAGCUUUUUCGUUGCUGCAUUUUUCUUCAAAUUUCCCCCCAUCCUUUCCUGAUUAUUAUUUUUUAGCAAGUGGAAGUGUCGAAGGUUAAUCUUUUAUUAUAAUAACUUGUAAUUUGAGUAAAACAGUUUGGGCCGACUGGAACAUGCGCACGCACUACGCCGGCAUACUCUCUCCGGUGGUACAGCUUCACAAAAUUAUUGCUUUAGGAUGAACAUGAAAUCAACUGUCUCGUGAUUGCUGAUAAUGAUUAGGGAAUGGGAGUUGCUCGAAGCCUCGAGGUAUGGAAGAUGGGUGUUGUCAAUUACUUGGACGCACUUAAGCUGCAAGAGAAACUGACGUCUGAUAGAAAAAUGCACAAGAUUACCGAUACUCUGCUUUCCCUACAACACCCACCUACGUAUACUCUUGGGAAAAGGCGAACUGAUCACAAUUUGUUGAUUCCCGAGUCUGAACUUAAAUCCAUGGGGGCAGAACUUCACUACACUCAACGGGGAGGCGACAUUACAUUUCACGGUCCACACCAGGAAAUCUUGUAUCCCAUCGUUUCUUUGAGGGAUAUAGGGCUUGGGGCUAGAAAGUACGUGGAGAACCUCGAAUUAACAAUGAUUGAAUUGGCGUCUCUUUAUAGUGUUAAAGCUUGUGCAGGCCAAAAAGGUGAGACUGGAGUUUGGAUUGACGAGAGAAAGAUUGGUGCAAUUGGGGUCAAAAUUUCCUCGGGCAUUACCUCUCAUGGUUUGGCAUUUAACACCAAUCCGGAUUUGAACUACUUCAGGCAUAUUGUGCCAUGUGGGAUUGCGGAUAAAGAUGUCACCUCUUUGCAGAAAGAAGCAGAACAUGUUCUUCCUCCUGAAGAAGUGAUACGCGACCAGUUGGUUGCUUGUUUUGUAAGAAUAUUUGGCUAUCCCGAUGUUAUUUGGAAAGAUAGUGCAUCAAUGUCCUCGUGUAGCCUUGAAAACUGAGACAUGCACAUUAUUUGAAAUUCACAGUGUUUUUUCUUCCAGCAUUCUGAUCUGUGUAAGCAAAUCGAAGUUGAUUGUAUGUAAAUUUCUUAUCAGAACAAAAUUGGGAUAGGUUUCAACUUCAUAAUUUCAUUUUCAAGAAAGUGUAGUUACUUUCCCUGUUCAA